GCAUGCAAUUUGCCCGCUUAUCUUAUGAGUAUGACUCAUUCGCAAUCGCAAAUUCGCUACUUCGCCUACUUCGCACUUGAUUUCUGAAUUUGCUACUUGCUUGCAUCAGAUUGCUCAAGUUCAAGUUCUGGUCUGGAGCAAAACUCUUGGACAGCUAGAAAUCGAUAAUUAAGUAUUACAUCACUAUCUCAUCAAACCAUGGGAAAGAAGAAAGGGAAGAAAAGUGAAAGCGGGCCUGAAGCAGGGCAAGCCGUCAGUGGUCCGUCUGGCCAACCUGAUAAGAAGCCUUUCUCUCUCUCCAGUGCUGGCGAAGGUUCGUCUUCAAGCAUUGCACAUGAAGAGUUGCCUGGAGGCACCUUGCAGAAGAAAGUUUCGGACCUGAGGGUGUCGGAUACCCCGCCCGUAAAAGGCACUGUUUUGCAGAGCCAACCAAAACAUCAACAUCCAAAAAGGACAGGAUUUCAACAAGGACAACAACAUCCGCAAGGACGGAUAGACAUACAGCGUCCUCAAUCCAGUCAGCAACCGUGGAGACAUCAGUCUCGUCAAGAGCCUCAAAGCCAGCAUAGUUCACAAGAAACUCAAGGUGGACAGCCGCCGAGAAAGCAAUUUCAUCAGAAAAAUCAACAGCAAAUCAGGAGUCCGCCUCCCAAUCAGCCUGGUUCCCAUCAUCCUGCCAGUAGCGGUGUGCCUUCUUGGGAAUUCCAGCAGAGUCAGGUACCUCAAACCGCACCUCUAGCUCAAGUCUCCCCUUGGGGUCAACCUUGGAAAAAGAUUGUGGAAAAUCAACAAGCUGGACCGGUUUCUCAAACCGCACCUCAAGCUCAAGUCUCGGCUUGGGCUCAACCUCGAAAAAAUACUGGGAAAAGUCAACAAGCUGGACCGGCUCCUCAAACACCUUCCUCUCAGUCAGGAAAAACUCGAGAAACAAAAGGGGCAAUUCCUAAGCAGGAUGUGAAGGAUAGAACCCAAUCAUUCACUAUACCUGUGAGAGACCCCAAGCAGGAAUUCAAGAAGGGCAAUUUGAAAAUACUUGAUGUCAACCUGUUACCUUUAAAUCUUGAUAAGUUAUGCGAGUGGAUCUUUCAUUAUGACAUUGCAACAGAUCCAGAGCGGCCUAAAAGGUUGCUUAGGGAAGUCGUUGAUAAAUUCAUCCAAAAACACUUCCCUACUUUCAGACCUGCUUUUGAUGGCAAGAAAAAUUUGUACACAUCCAAACCACUACCUUUUCCAGAGAAUAGGAAUGUGCUCGAGGAUACAAUUUCUGUGACUAACCGGGAAAAACUUUUUAAUAAUGUUAUAGAAUUUCGUGUUGCCAUCAAGUUGGCACAGAAGAUCAACACGAGUGAAAUCGAGAAGUUCUUGAACUCGAGAGGAACGCAAAGUAAUGUAGCUUUACCCCAGUCAGCCAUCCAAGCGAUUGAUGUAAUUCUAAGAUCAGCUCCCUUGGCUUCCCUCUCUCUUCCCAUUGUUCCAGUGGGCAGAAACUUUUUCAUUGAAGACAGACCAAGAAUUGUCUCCCUCGGGGGAGGCCUUGAGUUGUGGAAUGGCUUUUACCAGUCGGCAAUAUUGAAUUGGAAACCUUUUUUGAAUAUCGAUGUUGCUCACAAAGGUUUCCCUGAGCCUAAACCCUUAAUUGAACUUUAUCAAGAAGUUUGUGGCAUUCAAAGUCUGGAUCAGACUCCUUAUCCGAUUCAGAAAGAUCGAUUCAGAGGUUUUGUCACAACACUGAAAAUUGACUACUCUUUGCCUAAUAAUUCUUCAUCUAAAAGAACACAUAGAAUCAUUGGCAUCGGAAAAUGCACAAGGGAUCUUAAUAAAUUCAAACCUAAAGGUUGUGACCGUGAGAUCUCGGUGGAUGAGUAUUUCAGAACUUUUAAGAACUACAAAAUUAAAUAUCCAAAUUUACCAACAGUGCAAGUGGACCCAGCGACCGAGAAUAUUUAUCUUCCCAUGGAAUUGUGCUUCUUGAAAAGUGGCCAAGUUUUGCAUCGGAAAUUAGAUGAAAAGCAAACUGCGGUGAUGGUCAGAAAAGCAGCUCAACCUCCAGAGGUGAGGAAGGAGAAAAUAUUGAGAGCUAUCCAAAUGGCAAAGUACAAUCAGAGUCCUGUUGUGAAAGAUUUCGGGAUUGAAGUCAAUGAGACAAUGGCAUCAGUUGACGCAAGAAUCUUGGAGACCCCCUCCGUGGAGUAUGCAAAACCAAAACAAAUUAUACCAAGAUUAGGAGUCUGGAAUGCUGGAGAGUUUUUGAGGUCCCAAGCACUUUCAAAUUGGUUCAUUUUAAACUUGGAUGCCUCUGGCCGAUUUCCAACUAAGCGUAGCCAGUUGGAUAAAUUGUGUGAUGAACUGAUUCGUCAAGGUAGAGCUGUAGGAAUGGUUCUACGAAACCCAGCUGGUAUAGUUGACCUUGACACUGGAGACUUCAGGCUUGUAAAAUCGAAAAUAAUCAAUCUGUUCAAAGAAUGGAAAGAGAAGCAUGCUGAGCUGGUGGUGGUUGUCUUACCCGAUCGAGGUGGUCAAUAUUACAGUAUGGUGAAACAAUGCGCUGAGCUCAACGUGGGAAUUUUAACUCAAUGUCUCAAGUCAUCAACAGUGCAAAAAAGAGUCAAUCCUGCUACCUGCAAAAACAUUUUAUCGAAACUCAAUGCCAAAACUAAUGGUGUGAAUCACAUAGUUCCUGCUAUUCACAGACCCCCUGUCCUUCAGGAUCCUGUCAUGUUUGUUGGAAUUGAUGUCACCCAUCCAUCGCCGGACCAAACCUCCAUCCCGUCCGUAGCAGCGGUUUCAGCAUCUCACGAUGCCAAAGCUUUUCAGUACAAUAUGAUCUGGCGACUACAGAAUCCACGUGAAGAAAUUGUCCGUGAUCUGAAGAAUAUCAUAAAAGAGCAAUUGGGGUUCUUCCAUAAGAAAACUGGAUACAAGCCUGAGAAAAUAAUUGUGUAUCGUGAUGGAGUAGGUGAAGGCAUGUUUCAACAGGUCUUGGCAGCAGAGUUAACCGCCAUCAGAGAAGCCUGCAAAGAAAUGCCAGGGGAAGAUUACAAGCCUGGUAUUACAUUUUUGGUUGUCCAAAAGCGCCACCAUGUCCGUUUUUUCCCAAGACAGGAUAUUGCAGAUCAGAAAACUGGAAAUGUGCCACCAGGCACGAUCGUAGAUACAGAUAUCACUCACCCAAGAGAACUAGAUUUCUACUUGGUGUCUCAUGCAAGUUUGCAGGGUACAGCCAGACCCACAAAAUACCACAGACUUUGGGAUGAUAAUGAUAUUCUCGAGGAUGAAUUGGAGAAGUUGACGUAUUAUUUGUGCUACUUGUUCACUCGUUGCACUCGCUCAGUUUCGUACCCAGCGCCUACAUACUAUGCUCAUCUUGCAGCCUUCAGAGCUAGAGCAUAUUUAGAGAACAACCCAUUUCGUCUGCAGGAAUUAGAGGAGUUCGCAAAAAAGAACAAGAUAGAGGAAAACUUUUUGAUGGCGUCACCAAUGUUCUUCGUCUAAAUAUUACCUCUGACUUCAACUUUAUCCCAAAA